AUGACGACGAACAAUUUUUUGGAUUUGUGGAUGAGACUUACUCUCGACGACUUGCAGAGCAUUGCACCGCCGACGUUUGGAGGUAUGCACCUCGUCCCUUGGGACGCAACGAAUGAAGUUACUAGUAGAUUAUCAUCAAAUUGCUCCCUCACACCUGAGCCAAAGCCAGAUGGACCUCAGCUUGCCCCACUCGCACCAGUAAUUGCCAACGCGCAUCUGGUUGUUCAAGUUGCGCGCGUUGGCACCACAGUAUCGCUCUGUGGUCUCAUUGCUGAUAGGAUCUACGUCCAAGCGGGCAUCGAAGCAAGUCUCUUCCGCCUCGCGAACCCUUCCCUGAACAGUCUAGCCGGCAAGGCGUGUACUGAGCCGUUGAGGGCGCAGAGUACCCUCUGCGUUGGGCCGACCUGUUCCUGGAACGUGACGACAGCUUCUUCAGAGAGCUCUUUGUCUUCUCGCUCGGCUGGUGUUACGAGAAGCGACGAGUACAGGGAGACGGCCCCUUGUAAAGGUGAAUUGAGAAAGACUUGGAAAGGUAAUUGGUCCUAA